AUGAAAAAGAAGCUGUCUUCGAUGGCAUCCAGUUUCAUUUUCUUCUUCGUUUUGUGUUUCACAUUGUGUUUGGCAGGGAAUGUGAGUUAUGAUAGUAGGUCUUUGAUCAUCAAUGGUGAAAGAAACCUUCUUAUUUCUGCUGCUAUUCAUUAUCCUCGCAGUGUCCCUGCGAUGUGGCCAGAGCUGAUAAAAACAGCAAAGGAAGGAGGGGUGGAUGUGAUUGAAACAUACGUAUUUUGGAAUGUUCACCAGCCUACUUCUCCUUCUGAGUAUCAUUUCGAUGGAAGAUUCGAUCUGGUCAAGUUUGUAAAAAUUGUCCAGCAGGCUGGGAUGUAUUUAAUCCUUCGGAUUGGUCCAUUUGUUGCAGCUGAAUGGAAUUUUGGGGGUAUACCUGUCUGGUUGCAUUAUGUUAAUGGAACUGUCUUCCGGACUGAUAAUUACAACUUCAAGGUUGAAAAUGAAUAUGGAUACUAUGAAGGUGAUUAUGGAGAAGGUGGAAAGCGAUAUGCUGCGUGGGCUGCACAAAUGGCCGUUUCUCAAAAUACAGGUGUGCCUUGGAUAAUGUGCCAGCAGUUCGAUGCUCCUCCCUCUGUGAUAAAUACUUGCAAUUCCUUCUACUGCGAUCAGUUUAAACCUAUUUUUCCUGACAAACCUAAAAUUUGGACUGAGAAUUGGCCUGGAUGGUUUCAAACAUUUGGGGCCCCUAAUCCUCACAGGCCAGCUGAAGAUGUUGCCUUCUCUGUUGCUCGUUUUUUCCAGAAAGGAGGCAGUGUACAAAAUUAUUACAUGUACCAUGGAGGAACAAAUUUUGGCCGCACUGCAGGUGGACCAUUCAUUACAACAAGUUAUGAUUAUGAGGCACCAAUUGAUGAAUAUGGUUUGCCUAGGCUUCCAAAGUGGGGACACUUGAAGGAACUUCAUAAAGCUAUAAAGUUAUGUGAGCAUGUCCUACUGAAGAGCAAGCCACUUAAUUUGUCACUGGGUCCUUCUCAAGAGGCCGACGUCUAUGCUGAUGCAUCAGGUGGAUGUGUUGCCUUCCUAGCUAACAUAGAUGACAAAAAUGACAAGAUAGUUGAAUUUCGGAAUGUGUCAUAUCAUCUGCCUGCCUGGUCAGUUAGCAUUCUGCCUGACUGCAAGAAUGUAGUAUAUAACACUGCAAAGAAAUCUUUUAGUGCUGCACAAGGUGUAACUUCACAGACUGCUUUAGUUGAAAUGGUACCUGACAAUUUACGGCCAGAGAAAGCCUCUAAAGCUCUUAAAUGGGAAGUGUUUGCGGAGAAAGCUGGGGUUUGGCAAGAACCUGACUUCAUAAAAAAUGGCUUUGUGGAUCAUAUCAACACAACAAAAGAUACUACGGAUUACCUCUGGUACACAACAAGUAUGGUUGUUGGUGAAAAUGAAGAGUUCUUAAAAAAGGGAAGCCAUCCAGUUCUUCUUAUUGAAUCAAAGGGUCACGCUCUCCAUGCUUUUGUGAAUCAGGAACUUCAAGGUAGUGCAUCUGGAAACGGCACACAUCCGCCUUUCAAAUUUGAGAAUCCUAUAUCUCUCAAGGCAGGGAAGAAUGAAAUUGCUCUCCUAAGCAUGACUGUUGGCCUACAAAACGCUGGCUCAUUUUACGAAUGGGUAGGGGCUGGACUAACAAGUGUUAAGAUUAAAGGAUUCAACAAUGACACUAUUGACUUGUCUAGUUAUAACUGGACCUAUAAGAUUGGGUUGCAAGGAGAAAAGCUUGGUAUAUACAAGCCUGAUGGUGUGAAUAGUGUAAAUUGGGCUGCAACAUCAGAACCACCAAAGAUGCAGCCUUUGACAUGGUACAAGGCUAUUCUGGACCCACCAGCAGGGAAUGAACCUGUUGGUCUGGAUAUGCUUCAUAUGGGAAAGGGUAUAGCUUGGUUGAACGGAGAAGAAAUUGGAAGAUAUUGGCCCAGGAAAAGCUCUGUUCAUGAAAAGUGUGUUAAAGAAUGUGACUACAGAGGCAAAUUCAUGCCAGACAAAUGCUUUACUGGAUGUGGUCAGCCAACCCAAAGAUGUUUCCAAAGGGUUGAUAGAGUUGCUGAUCCUCAGAUUUUGGAAAUAUUAGAUCCUGUAGAUCUUAAGCUGUUUGUAAAUCUUAAGCCCAUCGAUUCAGCUCAGAGGCCCUUGUACCAUGUUCCACGUUCUUGGUUUAAGCCAUCUGGAAACUUGCUGGUGAUUUUUGAGGAGAAAGGUGGAGAUCCAACAAAAAUUACAUUCUCGAGACGAAAAAUGUCCAGCAUAUGUGCUCUCAUCGCCGAGGAUUACCCCUUGGCUGAUCGAAAAGCAUUGCAGGAAGCUGGAAGCAAGAAUUCCAAUAACAAGGCCCCUGUCCAUUUGAAGUGUCCCCAAAACACCCAUCUAUCUGCAGUAAAAUUUGCCAGUUUUGGAACUCCGACUGGAAAAUGUGGAUCUUACAGUGAGGGAGAAUGCCACGACCCCAAUUCCAUUUCUGUCGUUGAAAAGGCCUGUCUAAACAAAUCCGAGUGCACUGUAGAACUAACAGAAGAGAACUUCGACAAAGGUUUAUGUCCAGACUUUACCAGGAAACUUGCUGUUGAAGCAGUGUGCAGCUGA